AUGUCAGAUAUUUUUGAAAGAGCCGUACAAGAUCCCUGUUCAAAUGAUGUCGAUGAUGCAGAUAAUAAUACUAAUGAUGAUUUUUCAUUAAUUAACAACCAAAAUGUUGUAGUACCGCAGGCACCACCAUUACAUCAUCAAUUACGUAAAGUACAAACGGCUCCACAUUUUCAUAAUCAUGAUAAACAAAUUGAUUACAAUAUGAAUUCACGAGAUGAUAAUUUAUUAUUACAAAGAUCUCAUACUUAUUCAAGGCCUUAUUGUUGUUCAACAAAUAGAACAGAUAGUUCAUUAUUUGUUCAGCAAGCAGCUAGACGACCUUCUUUCAUUAAACAAAGUGGAUCAGAACAAACUUUAUUAUCUUUAAAUAAUAAUUAUUACAAUAACGAGGAUAUUUCUUCAUGUAAUGCUAUACCGACUCAUGUUUAUGGUUUAGAAAAAUACGUUUCUCCUCAAUUAGAUGAAUUAUCAACAGAUGAAAUAUAUUGUAAUCAAUCGAAUAAUGAAGGUAUAACAACUGAUAGUUCGGUAUUCGAUAAUAAAGAUUAUUCAAAUAUAAAAAAUAUUACAUCUUCAUCAUCAUUAGCAUCAUCAUCAUCACCUACAAAUAAUAACAAUAACACAAAGAGUCAUCAUAACCAUAAUCAUAAUCAUAAUCGUCAUACCGUUAGGCAUAAUUCGUCUACGAGUGAACAAGUACAAGGGAAUCUACCUGUAAUGGAAAGAAGACCAUCCACAAUAAAGAUCUCCUUAGCAAAUUCCUUUGCCUAA